AUGCUCUUCGCCACAAAGCAAGGCUACGGGAAACUCCCCACCACCAGCGACGAAGACCUAGCCUCUGACAAGCCAUCACGGUCCUACAUGCCCGCACGCCGCCAUCUCCUCGCCGUCUUCUCCAUCACGCUCGCCCUCUUCGCAGCGCUAGGCCUAGGCUACACAGCCGGCAUCCACCAGGGCGCCGCCCACCACCACCACCAGCCAACUCCAUCCACCAACGCCCCCCCUCGCGUCCUCGAAGAAGAGAAACUCCACUGCGGCAACAGCGUCGACGAAGCGCUCGCACGCAACUGCACCUUCGACCGGCUAACACUAAUGUGGCUGCCACGCGCGUGCGACCGGUCGAGCGACGAUGCAUACCGCUCCUUCCACAACGACACGUUCGAGUACUGGCGCGGCGAUGCCGCUCACGACAGCGCCAACAGAGAUCCCGUCACCGAUUUCUCCCGCGAGACGGCCGACGUCGGGUUCUGGGGCCCGCAGCGCCAGCACCUGGCGCACUGCGCCUUCAUGUACACGCGCGUCGCGCGGGCCGUCGGCGGCGACGACGUGUACGACCGCAAGGUGUGGUCGGAGGACCACGCACACCACUGCGCGAAGGUGCUGCUGAAGUGGGCGCUCGAGGCGCCCGGUGUGGAGGAGUCGGUGGAGUGGGCGCAUGUGUCGUUUGGGAGUUGUUGGCAGAGGAGGGUGCCUAGGCUGUGA